AUCCAAACCAGGACCUUAAUAAACCACAAGGGGAAAACUGACCUCAGACCAGCGUUUAAACCCCACGUCUUCCUGCCCAGAUACUGACUCUCCGUCCAGAGUUCCUCUGUGCUCCAGCCGUCCAUCCGUCCAUCCGCACCCCAGCCAGCUAGCCAUGGGUCUGACGAGCGAGGACAUGGAGUGCUGCAUCUGCCUCCAGCCCUACUCUCGCAUGGAGAAGAUCCCUCGGAUGCUCCACUGUAAGCACACAUUCUGUGGGCCGUGCUUGCAGACCAUGUCCAGUCUCCAGAGCGGCCUGCUUACAGUACGCUGCCCCCUGUGCCGCUGGAUCACCUGCACCGGGCCCAUCCUCACCCUGCGGGGGUCGCUGUGGGUUAACACUGAGAUCUGGGACCAGAUACUAGACAGACAACAGGAAGAGGAGGAGGAAGAGGAGGAGGAGGAGGAGGAGGAAGAGGAGAAAGAG